UUCGCGUUCGCGAUGCGUCUAAUGUGUGUUUCUGCACAUGGCCGUGCUGCACGACUGGUUGAUACAUCGUUCUACACUCAUCCUCACUUUUCUACCGAUAUAUUGUAUCACACAAGUCGACCACCAUGACCACGUCAUCAGAAGAUGUCUUAACUCAAGUGGGACAGGUCCGAUUCAAAAAAGGAGAUGGCACUUUGUAUGUGAUGAACGAGCGAAUAGCUUUUAUGCUAGACAAAAGCGAUACUGUAUCCGUCAGUCACAAAUAUGCUGACAUUAAAAUGCAAAAAAUUUCCCCGGAAGGAAAAUUAAAAAUUCAGCUGCAACUAGUUCUACAUGAUGGGUCGUCCACCACCUUUCAUUUCGUAAACAGAAGUGGUCAGGAAGCACAAAUCAAAGAUCGCGACACCGUGAAGGAAUUGUUGCAACAACUGUUACCCAAGUUCAAGAAGAAGGUUAACAAGGAACUAGAGGAAAAGAAUAGAUUACUUCAAGAAAAUCCAACUUUACUGCAAUUAUAUCGUGACUUAGUAAUUACGCAGGUGGUUUCAUCUGAAGAGUUUUGGACACACCACGCUACAGAAUAUACACAAGCAAAGAAGAUUCAACAACAAGAAAUAGGUGUAAACAGUGCCUUUCUUGCUGAUAUCAAACCUCAGACUGAUGGCUGCAAUGGACUGAAGUAUAAUUUAACUUUGGAUAUAAUAGAGUGUAUAUUUAAAACGUACCCAGCAGUUAAAAGAAAGCAUCAAGAAAACGUGCCUCAUAAAAUGCCCGAGUCAGAAUUUUGGACGAAAUUCUUUCAGUCGCAUUACUUCCACAGAGAUCGUAUUAAUGCAGGGACCAAGGAUCUAUUUACCGAGUGUGCCAAAAUAGACGACCAGGAGAUGAAGAAGGACCUUCAGAUGGGAAUCAACGAUCCUUUAUUGGACAUUGCCUCUUUUGAAGAUACCGGUUUGGACGAACAUUAUGGCAGCGAUGUGGGGAAAGCGGACAAAGCUUCCGGAAAUAUCGUACAUCAGAGCAUGAUAAAGAGAUUCAAUCAACACAGCAUUAUGGUCAUGAAAGCCAGCUCUGGCAGACCGUCGACCGCUGAUAAUGAACCACAGGUGAAUGGUUCCGCCUCUUCAGCAAGCAAGCAUCCCGCUAUGGGUCAACAUUCGAAUGAACCAAAGUCUAAAAAGCUUAGGAUACAAGAAAAGUUAGUUUACGAUGAUCUCGAUUCUAACUGCGAUGUGCAUGUAGCUACCGCAGUGCCUCUUAAAUUGACACACAUUGAUAGAUAUUUGCACGGACCAGUACCAGAAACUGGAGACUCUGGGCUCAGUCAAGAAGAUAUACCAAUAUUGUUAAAUCAAUUAAAGAUAGAGGUCGCAAAGUGGGGAAAUGGAAACAGUUUACCAAGACCAGAUUCGAAGGUUAUUCUCAGUUCGGCAGCUGCUGUCGUGGCUUUUGGAGAACUUACACCAGGCGGAGCGUUGAUGAAGGGUUUUAGAGAAGACAGUCUUGGACAAUUAAUACCAAAGGACUUGGAGAAGGAACUGCGCAACGUCUACGUAUGCCUCUGUGAACUCCUCAAGCACUUUUGGAGAAGUUUUCCACCAACCACACCACAACUAGAGGAAAAAGCGGUUCGCAUGCACGAAGCUUUGCAGAGGUUUCACUCAGCAAAACUCAAGCCAUUCGAGGAUCGAAUGCAGAGAGAGUUUUCAGCAGUUAGUCAACAUUUAACAAGUCACCUGAACCAAGUUUUAAGUGCAGCUUACAGAAAAUUCGAUCUCUGGCAACGACGCAAGAUGCAUAUGAGGUAGCCGUUAAUCCACAUGUUCUAACUAAAGUAAAUUCAAGGAUUAAAAUGAAAACAGAGUACGAAUUCAUGUACGUAUUUUAUAUAUUUGGAAAUGUUACCCUUAUUAUUUAAUGCGGAAGCAGGCGUUUAUCAUCAAAACCAAAGUGAGAUAGGUGAUGCACAUCAUAAGAAAAUAUUCUUUCUUCGUACAUUAACCGUCUAUUUAUUAUUCAAUAUGACGCUUCUUUCUCCCCUUUUUUAUUUUCAUUGUACACUGUGCACAAGCGAAACUCGAAUUUUUUCUUUGUUAGUGAUUUGCAGAAUUAGUUUUUCAAGUUUUGCGCACUAUCGAUGAGUGCCCAAGAUCCGACGUAGAUCGUCGAAAAAUUUUCAGGUUACAGUGAAUUAUUUAAAAAGUUUCUAUAUAAAAAAUUACUAUGUUUAAAAGAAGCUUGUAAGUUUCAAAGAACUGAAAGAGUUAAACUGUUUUUGUAAGACUGUAAAUGAAAAUAGAUGUGAAAAAUAGAUUUGUGGACUUAACAUAAUACAGAAGAUUAAUUUGUAUUAUAUUUGAAUUUUGUAAUAUUGGAUAUCCAUUUUUAAAGCUAAUUUUCGUUUUAAUAUUCAUUCGACUGCCAAAAAUUAUGUCUUCAAUACAUUAGUGAAUUCAAAACGUAUUUUACUGCGAUAUAUUGGAAUACGUGUCUUAAUAGGCUUGUCAAUAUUUUCCUACUCAAAUAAGACUCGGAUUUUUUAUCCAUCUGAGUACAUACAGUAAUUUAUAUGUUAUGUCCUCGUCUGUACUAGAAAUUAUCAAUAAUGUCACCGUAUACAUACUUGUGACUUGUGAAGAAUCAAAUAGAAAAACUACAAUGAUUUAUUUAAUUUUAAUAAUUAGUGAAAUAUUCGUAAUUACAAUUAUUGAUAGAAUGUUGUUGUUAGGAAUGAUUAUUUAUCCAGAUUAUUGCUAUUAUUAUUUUCAAAAUGGUUAGAAAUAUAUUCUUACACGAUUAUUUCAAUAAAUGUUAUUAUUGUGAAUAUAGUGAAAUCAUGUUUUAGACUUUGAAUCCAGCCCCUUGGUAAAACUUGUGAAAUAUAAAUCGUUUGUAGUUACAAAACUUUUAAUUAAAAACCUUUCAAAUUGAUUAAAUUCAAAUUAGAAAUCUUCGAAAAGCAUUCAGAAUAAAUAAGGAAUAUCAACAGGAGUUUAUACUUUUAAAAUAAUUAUACUUUAUAAUUGUUAUUUAUUUAAUUAUCAUUAUAUUAUAAUUGCAAUUAUAAUUAUAUGAUGUUAUUAACUUGAAAUGUCUCUCGAAAUUGUAAGAAACUUAAUUAAAAAGAGACCUCUCAAAACAUAUUUUAAAAUUAAUAAAUAAUUCUUUCGUUUACAUGAAAUUUACAAAAAGUUGUGUUUUUAAAGAAAAUGUGUUUUCCGAGCCCUGCGAGCCGCGCGAACUUUUUUCGUCUCGCGAGUUUUUUUUGUUCAUUGCUCAGUCCACAAAUAAAAAGCUCUCGCGCUAGUCGGGUCGAGAUUUUGCACACCCCUAAAUUAAGUGGCAGUAUAAAUUUAAAACUAAACUGUGUAGUUAACAAAAUCUGCUCGCUACGCGGGCACAUUUUUAUAUUUUUAAUCUCGCGGCAUUUAAUUAAUUAUUAUAUAUAACUAAAAUUACUCUAAAAUCACAACAAAUUGA